AUCCUUAGUUUUUUAAUAUUUCUUCACCCUUUCCGACUUUCUAAUUUCUAUUCCUCAAUGGCCAGAAUAAUUAUAAUAAGGUCUUUCCUGUCUAUAUAAACCCUAAACCUCUUAUUCUCGUAGCAUUAUUCUUUUGAGUUCACUGAUAUAUAUAAUCUCGAAUCAUAAGAUCAGUAAAAGCAAGCAGAAAAAUAUGGCUGCAAAUGAUGUGCCAUGUUGUGAAACUAUGUUUUGGGUGUACUUAGCUUCAUCGAUUGCCUUAGUGAUCUUUGCUGGGCUCAUGUCUGGCUUAACCCUAGGUUUAAUGUCCCUUAGCCUUCUUGACCUUGAGGUGCUCAUCAAGGCUGGUCAACCUAAUGAUCGCAAGAAUGCAGAAAAGAUUAUGCCCAUAGUCAAGAAUCAACACCUACUCCUAUGUACGCUUCUCAUAUGCAACGCCGUAGCCAUGGAGGCUUUGCCAAUUUUCCUUGACUCGAUUCUCCUGCCUUGGACCGCGAUAUUGAUAUCCGUAACUCUUGUGGUUGCUUUUGGUGAGAUUAUACCUCAAGCUGUGUGCUCACGCUACGGACUAGCUAUUGGUGCAAAGCUCUCGUUCAUAGUUCGGUUUCUUGUCAUAGUUGUCUUCCCCAUAGCUUAUCCUGUCAGCAAGCUUUUAGACUUGAUCCUUGGUAAAGGACAUUCCAUGCUUUUACGACGUGCAGAGCUUAAAACAUUGGUCGAUAUGCAUGGAAAUGAGGCGGGGAAAGGUGGAGAAUUAACACAUGAUGAAAUUACUAUCAUUACCGGAGCCCUUGAUUUAGCACAGAAAACCGUCAAAGAUGCCAUGACACCAAUAUCCGAAAUAUUUUCCCUCGAGCUCUAUUCUAAACUCAACGAGGACACUAUGAGUUUGUUAUUAAACAAAGGGCAUAGCCGUGUUCCUGUGUAUCUAGGAAGACCAGAAAAUAUAAUUGGUCUUCUUUUAGUAAAAAGUUUAAUCAAAUUUCGAGCUGAAGAUGAAGUUCUAAUUAAGAAUCUCAGUAUCCGGAAAAUCCCAAGGAUACAUGAAUGUUUACCGUUGUAUGAGAUGCUAAAUUUGUUUCAGAAAGGACAAAGCCACAUGGCAGUUGUUGUAAGAAGUAAAACUGCUCUCAAUACACUUAACAAUUCCUCAGGCCAACUGUUAACUCAGAUUAAAGUAGAAAAAAAAGGUCAAAAUACAAAACUGAGCAUUUACAGAUCUUCGAGUGAUCCUACAUCUCAAAAUCUUGCACCAGAUCAAAAUAUUUCAAGUGUUCUAGACUCAUUCUCGGAUCCAGAAGAAGAAAUUAUUGGUCUUAUAACAAUGGAAGAUGUUCUUGAAGAACUUUUACAGGAACCUAUUCUCGAUGAAAGGAACGAAUAUGUUGAUGUAGACAACAUAAUGAAAAUAAACAUACUUCCAUCCACGUUAAGAUCAGGGGCAUCAUCAGCAUCUAAUUAUGAUUGGAAAACUUUGGUCUCAUCUCCACUUAUGUCAUCACCAAUUUCUUCACAUCAUCAAACUUCUGCAAUAACCUCACCUAUUUCGCCAUUUAUCCAGUCACCCUGCAAAAAGCCAGCAUCAUAUACUUCACCUACAAAGUCUACACCAAAUUCUCCAUUGGGCCAAGCCAGCAGCUCGCCAUCUUCAUAUAAGGUCUCAAGGAAAUCAUAUGAGAAGCUCGAAAAACCUAGUAAUAAGUAGUUCUUCAAUUUCUUAUACUCUAUCACCUUAUAAAUAAGUGCAUAAGCUUCGAGAAGCUUUGUUUUUUCUUCUUUCGUUAACCUUACGUGGAUGUUAAUAACAUGGUCGGAACACGACUAUUGAAACUAGGGGGUGUUCUAAUAUCAGAAUAAUUUAACUAAUGUCAAAAUCACGAGUUAACAUUAUCUAUUAUCACACUUUAAAAUAAUGUCUAAUGUUAUAGGGGCGGAACCAAAAAAUUUGAUUGGGGGUUUGGGUUAGGAGAAACAAUGGUUUGAUUAAUUACGGUAUAAAUUAGGUUUGAUUUUAACAAUCUUAUAUAUUUAUAUUAUAUGUUAUAGAUUGGGAAUGAUACACUUUAAGUGAUAUGCAUCCGUUGGUAAAUCAAAAAUUACAAUUCACUCGUGUCCAAAUUUAUGGAGGUGAUUGAUGUUUUAUAUUGUUCUUUACGAAUCUUUAUUUUUAUUUUUAAAUCUAUUCACUAAAUGUUUAUUCGUAAUCUUACAUAAAAGUAACAAAAAUUUAAACAAGUAACAUACAAAUGAACUAAACAAAACAUUUAUAAAUAGACAAGCCAUUAAACAUGAACGGGACAAAUUUUUAUAUAUAUAAAAAAACAAAUACACAAGUAAAAAGAAUUAACAAUUAACACAUAAAUGACAAAUCAAUAUCAAUAAAAUAUAUCAAUUUAAAAGUCAUAGAGAACCACAUGAUGGCUAUCAUCUAGGUGUGCAGAAAAUUUAUAAUAAAAAACAAAUAUAAAAAAUAAUAGUUUAUAAGAGGAUAAAUAAAUGUCUUGGCAUUAGUACUAGUUAUUACCAUCGAUGAAGAGUGAGAGAGAAACUCACAGAUGCUGCGAGAGAAUAAGCUCCACAACUGAUGUUGCCGGAGACCAAUGACAACUAUAGAAAAUCGAGGCCGGCGAGAGAAAGAGUUAAGGAAAAUAUCCACAAACGCAAAGAUCUUUAAAUGGCUAAGGGGAGGAGGAGAUUCCAAGAGCCUCAAUCUGAGACGAUGAGACCGGAGACGUGAACCAUAGUGGCAAUGAUCAAACACGAUUUGUGGUAGUUUUCUCUAGGCUAUUUUUUAAUAGAUCUAUCAAGAUGUGGUGUAUUAUGAUUGAAUGCCUUCAAAUAUUUCGUGGACUUUUUAGAAUUUUUGGAUAGGAUUUCGAAUGGGGAUAAUGACUUAGGAGGGUAAUAAGGUUUCCAGCUUGUUUGUGUUAGGUCACUAAGGUAUUUUUUGUGCGUAUUAGACCAAUAUGGUUGUUAUUACCGUUUAGAAAUAGUCCUUUUACC